AUGGUGUAUAAUGGCCUCAUGGUGCCUCUCAUUGUGAUGAACGUGUUCUGGGGCUUUGUCUGCCUCUUGGUUCCCUGGUUCAUCCCUAAGGGUCCUAACCGGGGAGUUACCACCAUGCUGGUGACCUGUUCAGUUUGCUGCUAUCUCUUUUGGUUGAUUGCAAUUCUGACCCAACUCAACCCUCUCUUUGGACCACAUUUUAAAAAUGAAACCAUCUGUUAUCUCAAGAACCAUUGGCCUUGA